AUGAGUGGGAGUUUGAAGUUGAAGCCUGCGGCGAGGGUGUCGGGGCAGAAGCAGGAUGUUUGGACCAUUGUCAACGAAGCGGCAGCAGCUUCGCCCAAGCAGCCCAUUGUAAACAUGGGCCAGGGCUUCUUCGGGUACAACCCGCCCAAGUUCAUCCUCGACGCGGCCAAGGAGGCGCUGGACCGGGUGGACUGCAAUCAGUACUCGCCCACCAAGGGGCGGCCGAGGUUGAAGCAGGCGAUUGCGGAUGCGUACGCGCCGUUUUGGGGGAGGAAGAUUAACCCUGAUACCGAGGUGACGAUUACGACGGGGGCCAACGAGGGUAUGCUCAGUGCGUUUAUGGCUUUCAUUGAGCCGGGCGACGAGGUCAUCAUCUUUGAGCCCUUUUUCGACCAGUACAUUAGCAACAUUGAGAUGCCUGGCGGCAAGAUUGUCUAUGUGCCCAUGCACCCUCCCGCCACGGGAGCCACCAAGACGUCGUCGGCAGCCGACUGGACCAUUGACUUUGACGAGCUGGAGAGGGCCAUUACCCCCAAGACGAAGAUGAUUGUUCUCAACACCCCUCACAACCCCGUCGGCAAGGUCUUUUCUCGAGAGGAGCUGCAAAAGAUUGGCGACCUCUGUGUCAAGAACGAAAUCAUCAUCCUCAGCGACGAGGUGUAUGACCGCCUGUUUUACGUGCCGUUUACGAGAAUCUCGACGCUGUCUCCCGAGAUUGAGAGGCUGACUCUGACUGUGGGCUCUGCGGGCAAGAACUUUUACGCCACGGGCUGGCGUGUAGGCUGGCUCAUGGGCCCCGAGCAUCUCAUCAAGUACGUUUCCGCCGCCCACACGCGCAUCUGCUACUCGUCCGUCUCGCCCCUGCAAGAGGCGUGCGCCGUCGGCUUCGAAAAGGCCGAGGCCGAGGGCUUCUGGGACGACGCCAUCCGGGACAUGAAGGGCAAGAUGGACCGCUUCAACGAGGUCUGGGACGAGCUGGGCUUGCCCUACUCGGAGCCCGAGGGCGGCUACUUUGUGCUCGUCAACAUGGCCAAGGUGCAGCUGCCGGAGGACUACCCCUUCCCGCCGCACGUGGCGAGCCGGCCGCGGGACUUUAAGCUGUCGUGGUUCCUGAUCCAGGAGGUUGGCGUGGCUGCGAUCCCGCCGACGGAGUUUUACACGGAUGGGAAUGCGCACAUGGCGGAGGAUUACCUGCGGUUUGCGGUGUGCAAGGAGGAUGCCGUUUUGGAGGAGGCGAAGAGUCGGCUGAGGGGGCUGAAGAAGUAUAUGAAGUAG